AAAGUUGCUAACACAGUCACGCGCUCAGGCUCCUACCUGACGGACUGAAUUCUGCUCGGUCGAGCUCCCAACAUCCACAGUCCAGUGUACAGUUAGUUUGCUCUUUUCAGUUUGCCAAAGGGGACUCUCGGGCUGGCUGAGAGCUGAUAGAGUCGCAGCUUCAUUCCAGCGCCAGCAGCACGCGCGUUGAUUCCUCCCCCGUGUUAUUUUGUCUUCCCCCCCCCCAAUCACUUCCUAAUUUGUUUAUUUUUUGAAGAGACACAACAUUGCGCAAUGUUUCCAGUUCCAUUUUUAACUUUUGCCGUUUAAGGAAAUGACGAGACAUUUUCAGUGCGUGUUGAAUUGUUGAUCCAUUCGGUUGGCAACCAAAGGUGAUUGACGAAAAUACUUUGAUAAUUGCAGGUAUAGUUGGAAAACAAUCAAGUGGUCGAUGGUUCGAAUCAAGAUGCUGAGGGUAGUCCUAAAAGCCGUGGGUCUGAGGGGACGGUGGACGCACUGGAAUAGCUGGAAGGGAUGGCUAUACUUGGCUCUAUUGGUAUUCAUCUCCGGUCGCCUCUUCGUCAGUCAAGGGUUUUCGUUAACCUUGACUCCAGCAGCAGCAACAACAACUUUGGAGAAAACGGACUCGGUCGGCGACAACAUCAACAACAUUGCCCCCAAGAAUCACGGCGACCGGGGGUUGAAGAUGGCCGUUGUCGCCAGUACCUGGUCCAGCAGUCCGGUUAUUGGCCACGGCCCAAAAAGUCAGGAGGACAUUUCGUCUGGCAACCAGUUAUUGUUGCUGCUGCACACGGGCAACCAGACUAGCCGGCCGCUAGUCAUUCCCACCACGGAAGACAAUUCCAAAUAUUGGAAUCCGGUGCCUCCGUCGAAGAAAACUAACGACGACGUCGAUAAUGAGACCCAUCAACAGAGACAUAACCAAGACAGCGGCAGCGGCAGUUUGUUAGAAGAAAAAGAGCGGAGGUACUGGCUAAGGUCGGAGCGGAUCAAACGAGUUUGUCGCAGCCGGGGCGUCGUCUCUAAUCCACUCGUCUACGCAAACAGCAAAAACGAGACCCGGCCAGUUCGUUCACCCAAUUCCAAAAACUCGCCAGUUUCUCUGAGCGUGGAGAACCCGGUCACAUCUCAUUUCUCGAUGGCGCCGACAUUCCAGACGAUGGGCUGCUUUCUCAACAAAGUCGCCUCCUCAUCUUUGGUCUCGGCUUUCCUUUUGCUCCACGGACUGGGACCAACUUUUUCUAGUCCACACAGUUUGACGUCUCACCUUCUUCCCAGGUCGCUAGAAGAUUUCCAGUUUGCCAAUCAAACCUUUUUCAAAUUCAUGUUCGUUCGCCAUCCGAUGGACCGGAUGCUGUCCUGCUACCUGGACAAAAUGGUCGAAAGUCCGCACUACAGUUUGCCGGCUUUCCGCAACUACGUCAGAAAUAAAGCGCGCCAGGUCAUGAUGAAACGACAACGGGCGGCGGCUCAGAUGCAUCAACAACGCGAUCGAGCAGCAUCAGCCAAUCUUGUCAGCAGCACACGGCAGAGCUUCAAUACAAAGCCUCAGCUCCGGAGUCUUUUGUCGUUGAACGACGGAGGAGCUCCGACGGUGUGGAACCGGCCCGAUUCUCAAAUUAUUUACGGCCGCCAGGUCGGAGGAAAAGGAUAUGACACGGCGAAAAUCGAAGCCGUCGCCGCCAACGACGACAAUGAAAUAGAAACGAAGAAAUUACAGCCCCGUUACGUCGUCGGCCAGCAGCAGCAGCAUUCACCUGCCGACUCGGCCGCUGUACAAACCCUGGAAAAGGUGGCCGCACCUUUACCAAAGACCAACAUCACAGAAGUCAAACCUACUUUCGAAGAAUUCCUCGAGUUUGUCUUAGACACCGACCUGCUAGGCAUUGGAUACGACUCCCAUUGGGUCCCGUUCCAUCGCUAUUGCAGUCCUUGCAGCGUUCCGUACCAUGUCAUAGGCAAGCUGGAGACCGCCGCCGACGACUUCCAAUACAUCUGGGACAAAACGGGAUUGGGCACGCAAGUUCCUGUUCCGUGGAUUAAUCGAAACACCGCCCCGUCCAAGUCGAAAAUCGCGCUGGAGAAAAAGUAUUAUUCUUCCCUGCCGAGAGACUUGAUUCUACGGUUCUAUGAUGCCUUCCGGAUGGAUUUCGAGCUCUUCGACUACAGCAUCAACGACAUUCUCGUCAAAGCUGGAUACCGGACGAUAUAAAAGAAUAAACUAGUUUUCUGACAGCGCCAGCACAAUUGCGUGUGAUAGAGAGAUAUAGCGGUAUUUUUUUGGAAUUUUCGGGGUGAAGGAUUCUGGUUAUUUGCUGGUAAAAAAAAAUUGCGAAAAGGUGGCUUAAAACAAAAAAUCUAGUUCUCGUCCAAUUACACACAUCGUGACUUGUAUACACACAACAUAUGUAUACCGUUCUCCCUCAUAAAGCUUAGAUGCGCGUUUAGCGACAGCGCACUUAUAUUUCUGGCUGCAGCAAAACUGCACAUUAAAUUGUUUAUUUUCUCUAUCAGAAGAAUCAUGAUGCGGUAUAUACGUAUAACUAUGUAGAAUUGAUAUGAAACUAUCUGCUGCCCGACCUGCUGAUGCCUCUCCCUUUUCGCCUAUAAUAACCAGCACACACCAACUUGAAAUGGUGAUCUAGGUUAUACGGUUUCACUUCCCGGAUCGCCGCCGUCAAACCGUUAAGUGAAACUCGAGCAAGCGUGUAGAAUUAGACUUCAGUUUUUAGUAUUAUACUUGAACGAAUUCGUGUUUCGGAAACAUCUCUUGUCUAUAGGCUACUACCCCAAUGUGGUCACACACGCAAAUGAAUUUUUUUUUUUAAUUGUACAAGUCUUCAUGUUCCAGUGACCUUGUUGAAUGUGUUUAUUAUUUUGUGCUUGUUUUUUUGGCGCUGCUUUUAAAAAUUUGAUGAGAAGUGGACGACACAACUUUUUUGAAAGACAAAAUUCUGUGUGGAUUUGCCGUGGUAUUGUUAAAUAUUUUAAUUGCCAUACAAAUAUACUGUAUAUCAUAU